CCGGGGGGGGGAGCCGCAGCGACUACGGUCCGGGACGCUGCUGAAUCGAAGAGAACGCAGCCCGGCCACUGGACUACUUACUCGCCUUGCUGAUUGACUAUUUUCAUAAGCGUUUACAACUUUUCUAAGAACUUUUGUAUACAAAGGAACUUUUACUACUUUCUCCAACUUACAUUAAUCCAAAGAAGAAGGAUCUCGGGCAGUUGGGGUUUGGCUUGGUUUCCUUUUUUCCCCCCUCUUCGUUGACUUUGGGGUUCGGUUACCCCCGGUGCUUCGAGCUCCCAAGGACCUUCUGGGCCCCCACAUUAAUGAGGCAGCCACCUGGCGAGUCUGACAUGGCUGUCAGCGACGCGCUGCUCCCGUCCUUCUCCACGUUCGCGACUGGCCCCGCGGGAAGGGAGAAGACCCUGCGCCCGGCAGGUGUCCCGAAUAACCGCUGGCGGGAGGAGCUCUCGCACAUGAAGCGACUUCCCCCGGUGCUCCCUGGCCGCCCUUACGACCUGGCGGCGGCGACAGUGGCCACAGACCUGGAGAACGGAGGAGCCGGCGCGGCUUGCGGCGGUAACAACCCGGCGCUCUUACCCCGGAGAGAAACGGAGGAGUUCAACGAGCUCCUGGACCUGGACUUUAUCCUCUCCAACUCGCUGUCCCAUCCGGAGUCGGUGCCCCCCACCGUGUCCUCGUCGGCGUCAGCCUCGUCCUCGUCCUCCCCGUCGAGCAGCGGCCCUACCAGCGCUCCCUCCACCUGCAGCUUCAGCUAUCCGAUCCGGGCCGGGGGCGACCCGGGCGUGGCGCCGGGUGGCACAGGCGGUGGCCUUCUCUAUGGCCAGGAUUCGGCGCCCCCUCCCACGGCUCCCUUCAACCUGGCGGACAUCAACGACGUGAGCCCCUCGGGAGGCUUUGUGGCCGAGCUCCUGCGGCCAGAGUUGGACCCGGUAUACAUUCCGCCGCAGCAGCCGCAGCCGCCAGGUGGCGGUCUGAUGGGCAAGUUUGUGCUGAAGGCGUCGCUGAGCGCCCCUGGCAGCGAGUACGGCAGCCCGUCGGUCAUCAGCGUUAGCAAGCAGCAUCGUGUGGUGGUGGCGCCCUAUAGCGGGGGGCCACCGCGCAUGUGCCACAAGAUCAAGCAGGAGGCGGUCUCCUCGUGCACUGUCGGUCGGCCCCUAGAGGCCCACUUGGGCGCUGGACCCCCUCUGAGCAACGGCCACCGACCCACUGCACACGACUUCUCCCUGGGGCGGCAGCUCCCCAGUCGGACUACCCCAACCCUGGGUCCUGAGGAACUGCUGAGCAGCAGGGACUGUCAUCCUGCCCUGCCGCUUCCCCCAGGCUUCCAUCCCCACCCCGGGCCCAACUACCCACCCUUCCUGCCCGACCAGAUGCAGCCACAGGUCCCGCCGCUCCAUUACCAAGAGCUCCUGCCACCCGGUUCCUGCAUGCCGGAGGAGCCUAAGCCAAAGAGGGGAAGGAGGUCGUGGCCACGGAAAAGGACGGCCACCCACACUUGUGAUUAUGCGGGCUGUGGCAAAACCUAUACGAAGAGUUCUCAUCUCAAGGCACACCUGCGAACCCACACAGGUGAGAAACCUUACCACUGUGACUGGGACGGCUGUGGGUGGAAAUUUGCCCGCUCAGAUGAACUGACCAGACACUACCGCAAACACACCGGGCACCGCCCGUUCCAGUGCCAGAAGUGCGACCGGGCAUUUUCCAGGUCGGACCACCUUGCCUUACACAUGAAGAGGCACUUUUAGAUCCCAAACAGUGGAUGUAACCCACACUGCCAGAAGAGAAUUCAGUAUUUUUUACCUUUCACACUGUCUUCCCGAAGAGGGGAGGAACCCAGCUGGAAAGCACUACAGUCAAGUUCCCAAUAAGUCAGCUUGUGAAUGGAAAAUCAGGAGAAAUGAGGAAUCCAAAAGACAAAAAUCAAAGAACAGAUGAUGAUGGGGUUUGUGACUGGAUCUUCUAUCAUUCCAAUUCUAAAUCCAACUUGAAUUUUCCUGGACUUACAAAACGCCAAGGGGAUGACUGGAAGUUGUGGAUAUCAGGGUAUAAAUUAGAUCCGUGAAUUGGGGGGAGGGAAGACCAGAAUU